UAUUGUUUUAAUGAAUUGUUUUUCAAUAAAUGCUUUUUGCUGUCACAAAAUUCCUCAGAUGACCUUUUCACUGUGGACAUUUGGGCUUCUAAUAAUCAGCCUCACGGGAGCUCACGAACUCAACCACUUUCCAGAAAACUUUGAGGUGGCAAAAAGGGAUGAAAAUUACACACUGACCUGCAAUUCAAAACCUGACGACAUCGUCACAUGGAAGCUGAAUGGCGAUCCACUGGAUGAUGACGAAAGUGUAGCGCUAAAUGGUCGAAACCUGACCGUAUUAGAUAUAGAUACACCAAGUUUGGGUAACUACAGCUGCUGGAGAGGUGAAGAGAUGCUAUCCUCAACCUAUCUGCUGCUGAAGGCUGAUGAAGAAGACACAAUUGAUUCUCUCAUUAACUGUCGGGCAAAGUCUUAUGACUGUAACUUCAACUGCACCUGGACAGGCAAUGGAUACACAGCAGUGCGUCUUGGACUGGGUCAUAACUGCAGUAAAAGUUCAAAGUCCUGCCAGUGGAUUAGUAGCAGUCGGCAGCUUGCAGAGGGGAAACUGCAGUUUGAGAUGUCUCACGACCUCUCACCCUACGCAGAGGAAAGCACCAUGCUUGAACUCACUGCUGAGGCUAUACGUGAUCUCUCCGUUUUCAGGACAUCCAAAAGAUUUUAUCUCAGAGACAUUGUUCAACCUGAUAGUCCCAAGAUUGUCAAGUGUGAGUUAGUGAACGAGGACGUGAAUGUGACCAUUGAUCCACCAUCCACCUGGUCAGCACCUUACAGCUUCUUCAGUCUGGAGCACCAAAUUGAAUAUGUGCUUAGAGAUGAUGGCCAAACUGGACAUUCAUCAUCUACUCUGAUACCGAAGAAAAUCAGCAAGCUCAGGGUUCGCUCCAGAGACUCACUGGUGCUCUCCAACUGGAGUCAGUGGACUCCCUGGAAAAAUGUAACCUACUGAUAUUAUCUGACUCCACCACUGUCAGCUUUUGCUCGUUAUCUCUUCUUACAAGUCUGCAAUGUCCUCUCGUGUCCCUGUGGUUUUUUGCCAUGUGUUCCUCCUGUUUCUACUUGGUUGUUUUGUCUUUACUUCAGAGGAUCUGUCCAACACACUUGUUAUUAAUGAUUUUACUUAUUAAGACACAAACUUUUAUUUAUUUAAAUGCUUAUUUAUAUUUAUACUUAUUUAUUUGAAAUUACACAUAUAGUAAGUAAAGUAAACACCAUUAUAGACCAAAAAUGCACUAUCAUUCCCCAAAUAAGUGGCUAGUAAGUACCAAAUUUUUGUGGGAGAGUCAAUGGAAACCUAAAUAUGUAUGUAGACACUAAACAUAUGUACACCUACUGUUAGCCUUCCAGCCCCAACUUAAAACACAGACGGGUGUGUGAUUCACUGUGAAAUUAUAUUUACCAGCAGUCAGCUGAGGUUUCAAGGGUUUCUAUAGUUUUGCUCAUUUAAGGACAUCAAGGUUAAGGAAAAUCUGCGUAGCACACAAUCUCAAACAUGAAUCAGAAGUUAAACUAGCCUUUGAAUAGGCUGAACUUUGAGCAAAUGGUCACACAUUUUUCUUUAUGUUCUUGUUACUUCUGUGCAAGUGAGU